UCAUUGCAUUAGGUACAAUUUCUUCGGCCAUAUUAAAAUUUGUUGCUGACUUAAUUCAUUUUUUUUAAGUCCCUUGACCAUAUACGUACAUAAAGUAGUUAUUGCUACGAUGUAUAUACCAUCGUCUAUCCAUUACAUACACUCCAUGAGUGGUAGAUUAAGUUCUUACCAAGUUUUAACUUGAUUAACAUAACAUCAUAUUUUCCUAUAUGGGCGACUAUUGUUUAAUAAUUAUGAAGAAUAAGCCAAUCUACCCAAAUUCUUUUAGCACUACAUGCUAGAGAAUACUUCAAUGAACUUAUAGACAUAUAACACAUGUAACAGCGUGCUCAGAGAGAUUAAUUACAUUACAAUUACUUUACGGCGACAUAGCAGCAACUAUGAGCGACGUCAUGCGUCACGUCCUGCCCCUCAGCAGCAGUUAAGCACCACCAGUUACCAGGAGUGGUAACUGCUGCUAGCUGCACUCUAUAAGGCGCUAUAAGGCGCACGCUACGCCGUUUAGUAAUUGUGACUUUAUUAAUCUCUCGGAGCACUCUGUUAAAUGUGUUAAGCCGGCCAUACACGCUACGAUCUACCGGAAAGGUCCACCUGUGCAGAUAUGCCUGCGCAGGUAGACCGGAAUGUGUGUGGGAAUAGACCUGUGCAGUUUUUUGAACCUGGAGGGCUACACUCUAACACGUUCCGUCGUUAAAUACGAAAAUCGAAAACCGUACGUUAAUGACGGCAUAUCGGUACUCUGUACCAACUUCGGCCGCGCUACGUUCUUCGAAAAUCAUAGACAAAUCAUAGAGGUACUACGUGAAUGAACGAAAUAGUGUAAUGAAUGAAUGUAUUGGUUGGGCUUUCAAGUGGCUUAUCGGUAAAUUACCGGUUUUAUUAAAACAUUGCAUAUUAUCAUUUUUACGUAAAAUUAAAAUGCGCUGUUUGUUUUUAUGUACAUGAAACUGAUUUAUUUAAAUGAUUUUUCAUGCAGAGACGUUUAAAUUACAAAUUUUUGAUAAAAUCAAAAUAUUUCUACUCUACUUUUUUCACUAUGGUAGUCUGUGACUUUCUGUCAAAGAGGCUCAUAAAAAAAUCAAACACAAAAUAAAGUUAAGUUGAAGUUGAACGCGCCAAAGUUAAUUUCUUUCUACCAUGGCUGGGUCUGGGAACUGCAGCACGGAGCAGAUUCAAGAGCUCUUGGAGUUCUUAUUUGAGCACCAAGACCUCGCGCGCGGUAGAAUGAGGAACGUAGAAGGGAAAGCGCGAAGCAAUCGCCUGUGGCAGGAAAUCGCCCAAAAGCUGAAUGCUUUGGGGGCUGCGCGAAAACAGUCUCGCAGUGGAUGAAGGUGUGGGCCGAUAGAAAAUACUUGGCUAAAAAGGCCGCUGCGGCAGUGAGAGUGCAGCAUUCAGGCACAGGAGGUGGCCCGUCUACUGCUCCUCAACUGGCGCAAUGGGAGCUGAAAGUGCUGGAGAUAAUGGGGGAAGGAUUUGGUGGCCCCAUAUCUACCGCGAGGGUCCCAGCUUUCCCAACAUCUGAGCUGAACACUCCGGCAAUAGUUAACUCAGUUAACUCGGCUUCUAGUAGCUCAUCUCAGGACCACCGCCCGCCCACAGCCAGCAUAAUUUCAGAGCUGUACACUGCACCAGCUUUAAAUUCGGCCACUGCCGGCUCCUCGGACCUCCACCCACCCACUGCCAUUAUCAUUUCAGAGGUAUGAAUUCAAGGGUCAUUUACUACUAAACGGUCACAUUAACUAGAGGCAUGGUGUUGAACAAUAAUGUAAU